AUGGCGACACCUGACUACACUAAGUUGGUCCCACGGGCCGAAGAUUUCGAAGACCAGGAUUUAUGGGCCGAGUUGACUCAGUUGGCUAAGGAUGCUCGCUUAGACCGCAUUAAGCAGACCUUAUCGAAUUUCCGUCGCAAGAGAACUCUGGCUCAUAAUGUUGUUAAGGAUACUCGUCGUCAGAUCGCCGAGGAGCACCUGGAGGGCGUGGAGGGAGCGGAGCGCCAUCAGACCCUUACAUAUCAGACAGCCGUCUGGACCGAUGCGAAUAAGGCCUGUCGAGCCCUCGAGAAGAUAGAGGAGGCGGUGGAGUAUGCUACAGUAUUCGACGUGUUACCGGGGACGGUGGGGAGCGAUGACGAAGGGUGGGUAACGGCCAGCUCGAACCCGCCCGCAACCCCACCAGCUCUGCGUCCUGUGGAACAUCGAGGAGUGGACCAAGGUUGCGCGGACAAGGCUAAAGAGGAAGGUGGAAUCAUGCAUGCGACCCCACCGUUGGCCCCUGAGGUGUCUACCAGUAAGGCAAUCACUGCGCAGACUAUUACUAAGAUUGACUUACCCAAGCUCAAGGACAAGUUCUCCUUGGAACAUCAUCUCCGAUUAUGUGAGAGAAUGUUAGAAGAAGCGGAG